AUGUUCUCCCUGGCAAUUUUAGGUGCUUGUUUGGUAUUAGUUACUACGCAAAACAGCCCACCUGAAGAUGUUUGCAGCUUGAACCGCGAAGUCGGAAAGUGCAGGGCAUCAAUUCAAGCAUGGUAUUUCGACAAAGCGAGUAACGAGUGCAAAACUUUCAAUUACAGCGGCUGUAGCGGCAACGCAAAUAAUUUCAACUCGAAAGAGGCGUGCGACAAACGCUGCGCAACAACCACAAAUCCAUGCAACUUGAAAAUGGAACGCGGAGCAUGCAGGCAAUCCCUGGCUGCUUGGUAUUUCGACGCGUCUGCUGGCCAGUGUAAACCCUUCACUUAUAGCGGAUGUCGAGGAAAUGCCAACAACUUCUCCACGCAAAAGAUGUGCGAAAGCAAAUGCGCCCCAUCUACACCAAAACCUGCACCCAAACAAUCAGGUAAGUGA